CGUUCGCCCCGCCGCUGAGGGAGUAACGCCGAGUGGGCCGGAGCGGGGUGCUUGGCUGCUCUCCCCCGUCGGUCGCACCAUGGCGGAGGAGCUGGAGGCUCUGCGGAAGCAGAGGCUGGCGGAGCUGCAGGCCAAGCACGGGGAUCCUGGCGAUGCAGCACAACAGGAAGCAAAGCACAGAGAAGCAGAAAUGAGAAACAGUAUCUUAGCCCAAGUUCUGGAUCAGUCAGCCCGGGCCCGGUUAAGUAACUUAGCACUUGUAAAACCCGAAAAAACUAAAGGAGUAGAGAAUUACCUUAUACAGAUGGCAAGAUAUGGACAACUAAAUGGGAAGGUAACAGAACAAGGUUUAAUAGAAAUCCUUGAAAAAGUAAGCCAACAAACAGAAAAGAAAACCACAGUUAAAUUCAACAGAAGAAAAGUAAUGGACUCUGAUGAAGAUGACGAUUAUUGAAUUUAAGAUGCAUAGACUGGAACUUAAUGGAACAGUUCCAGGACAGAUAAUACUUGGCAGUUAAGAUCUGAUUGAAUGUUCACUUUGUUUAUUGUUUAUAUACCUUUAGAAAAAUAAACUUG